GAGAGCCGCCACGGUCAGCACGUGCCACACGGCGGCGCAGACCGGCUACAGCGGCGGUCGCGUGAUCUGCCGGCGGAAGUGAGUGUGCGGCGAGGGACUUUCCUUCAGCGACAGCGCGGGCGCCACGGCCAUGGGCGGUUCGCACGGCGGCAGCGGCGACGACCUGACCACCUCGGCGGCGUGCAGUCGGUGAUGUGCGGCCCCGGUGCGCGCGGCGGCGGAACUCAGCGGCUGCUGUGACCCCGAAGUGAGGCUGAAGCGUCCCUGAGCGACGCUGUGGUGACCCCUGUGCCGGGGGGAGGUGUUCACCGGACGGCGCCGUGCAAGGACUCAGUCGCCAUGCCUCUGAUACCGGUGCUGGGAGUGACGGCCGCGGCGCCGUCGGCCGCGGCCGCGCUGGUCGUCGGCGUCUGGUUUGUGCCGCUCCUCCUCACCGCCAUCGCCUACUACCACUACGACCUGGUCGAUCCCGAGUCCAGGCCCAUCAACAGGAAACGGCUCUUCAAGAAAUACGACUUCAUUAUUGUGGGGGCCGGCUCUGCGGGAGCCGUGGUGGCGAACCGGCUGACGGAGAACCCGGCGCACAAGGUGCUGCUGCUGGAGGCGGGCGGCGACGAGACCGAAGUAUCGGACGUGCCCGCGCUCGCUGGCUACCUGCAGCUCAGCAAGCUGGACUGGCAGUACAAGACGGAGCCGCAGCCCAGCGCCUGCCUCGCCUACAUCGGACACCGCUGCAACUGGCCACGCGGCAAGGUGAUGGGAGGCUCGUCAGUGCUGAACUACAUGCUGUACGUGAGGGGGAACCGCAAGGACUACGAACAGUGGUACAACAACGGCAACUACGGCUGGGACUUCGAGACCGUCCUGCACUACUUCAAGAAGUCGGAGGACAAUAGGAACCCAUACCUCGCCAGAAAUAAGCGCUUCCACUCCACGGGCGGCUACCUGACCGUGCAGGAAGCACCCUGGCGAACGCCGCUCGCCACCGCCUUCGUCUCGGCCGGCAUCGAGAUGGGAUACGAGAACGUGGACUUCAACGCCCAGCAGCAGACCGGCUUCAUGAUCCCGCAAGGCACAAUACGAAGAGGCUCCAGAUGUAGCACGUCUAAGGCAUUUAUCCGACCGGUGCGACUCCGGAAAAACCUCCACACGGCAAUGCAUUGUCACGUGACAAAGGUCCUGAUCGACCCGGACACGAAACGGGCCUACGGCGUGGAGAUGGUGCGCCACAAGAAGCGCUACAUCCUGUACGCGCGCAAGGAGGUGAUCCUGUCGGCAGGCUCACUCAACUCGGCCCAGCUGCUCAUGCUCUCGGGCGUCGGACCCGCCUCGCACCUCUACGAACACGGGAUACCAGUGAUUCAAGAUCUCCCAGUCGGAUACAAUCUACAAGACCACAUAGGAACAGGAGGAAUAGUUUUCGUGCUAAACAAGCCCAUAUCUCUUGUUCAAAGUCGCUACGAAAACAUUCCGAGCAUCCUCAAAUAUGCAAUGUUCGGCUCAGGUCCUCUAACGGUGCUGGGCGGCGUGGAGGGCCUCGGCUUCGUGAAGACCAAGUACGUGAACCAGACGGAGGACUGGCCGGACGUGGAGUUCCACUACGUCAGCGGCACGCCCGCCUCCGAUGGCGGCCGGCAGAUUCGGAAAAUCCAGGGUCUCUCGGACGAGACGUGGCAGAUGUUCAAGCCCAUUCUAUUCCGGGAUACGGUGACGAUCGUGCCCAUGCUGCUGCGGCCCGCCUCCAAGGGCGUGGUGCAGCUGCGCUCCGCCAACCCGUACGACCCGCCGCUCCUCGUACCCAACUACCUCACGGAGGAGAUUGACAUUAGGACUAUGGUGGAAGGCAUCAAGAUCGCAGUGGCGAUCGGUGAGACGCAGGCGUUCAAGCGGCUAGGGGCCAAGUUCUACAAGGUGCCGAUGCCGGGCUGCAAGCACACGCAGCUGUGGACUGACGAGUACUGGGAGUGCUUGGCGCGCUACUACACAAGCACCAUCUACCACCCGGUGGGCACGGCCAAGAUGGGGCCCUACUGGGACCCUGAGGCCGUAGUCGACCCUGAGCUCAGGGUAUACGGCAUCUCCGGGCUGCGCGUGGUGGACGCGUCCAUCAUGCCGCAGGUGGUCAACGGCAACACCAACGCCCCGACCAUCAUGAUCGGCGAGAAGGCGGCCGACCUCAUCAAGCGCUUCUGGAGCGAGCAACACUAGCAACGCGGCCCCGCUGCGGCGCACGCGCCACUGCGGCGGGACAGGGUGGCACCGCGCGCCCGGAGCGAGCGUCAGAGGGGGAGCUCGGUCUCCGCCGCGCGCGGCUCGGACACAGACCGUUGUUGCCGGUGGAGUGCGUGUCCGGCGGAGGCGGGCCUCGGGGGCUCUGCCUCGGACCACAGACGACGCCGUGGCACGCGUGUCGCAGCGGAGUUGCGGAGAUGAGGCGUCUAGCGCGCGCCCUCGCCGGCGCCAGUCAGGGGGUGCUGCGAUACGGGUGUAGAUGUUAGUGACGCGACUGCGCGGCGCUGCGCCGAGGGCGGCGGCGGUGUCCUCUGAUCCCCUACCACGACGCAGUGCGCACCGUUCUGACGUGCGCGACCUCGCAGGUGCGUCUGACUCGCCCAUCACAUGUGCCAUCCCCAGUGCUCAAAGUGAGGCCAGGCGCGCGUGGUCGCCGCCUGCUCCUCCGGCGGGGCUGGAUGCGACGGCCACGCUCAAGGGUGGAGUCCGACGAGGGACGUCUGUGUCGCGGGCGGGUGCAAGGUGACGGUGCGGCGACGAUGUACAAAUCAAAAUGGCCUGUCGCGCGGCGGUGGGCGGGCCUGGGGUGACGCCCCGCCCCGGGCCGCUGGGUCAGCCCCGCCCGCCGCCGACCGACCGCGGCCGCUUUUUGAACCGCUUGCAGUAGCGCUGUAGUAAUUUAUUGGACUUCGGAUGCAUGCAUAUUCUAUGUAUUCUCGAAUUACUUGUACGUAGUUUAUGUGAUAAUGUGGUAUGAGCAUUAUCGCUGGCAUUGUUCUUUAGUAUGGACACUGUCCACUGUUACCUAAUUUACAGAUUUGCUUGUGAGCUGUGCUUGAUAGCCUAGUUCAAGAAUGUGUCGGGAAUGAACGUAUGGCUGAGUAUAUAAAUGAACGCUGCCUGACUGCAAAAUCAUGUGUUCGCUCAGUGUUACGGUGGUUGAUAUGGAAUGCUUGCACACACUGCCGUUGAUAAU